GCGUUGUUUCACUUCUCGGCUCCUUUUCGGUAACCAAGACGUCAUGAAAACAACCUCAAUGGCGGAUCAGUAAUCUAAGUACGGGAUAUACUGUAAACGGCUGCCUAAAUAACAUCAUGGCAGAUGAAGAAAAGAAAACAGAAAUAGCUGAAGAGAAACCUUCAGAGGAACAAACUCCUGCCCCCGUCACAGAUGUAAAAGAGGAAACAAAACAAGGGGCUCCUGAAACUGCAGAGGAGACAAAAGAAACCGCUCCCCCACCAGCUGCCGUCCCAGCAGCUCCAGAAAAGACAGAGCCAGUGGAACAGACCUCUCAAGAAACAAUAGCUGCACCUCCAGCGGAAGAAGCAAAGGAGACAACAGAAAACAAAGAGAAGGAGGAAGUAAAGGAAGAGCCCAAAGAAGAAGUAAAGGAAGAACCCAAAGAGGAAGUAAAAGAAGAACCCAAAGAAGAAGCUAAGGAAGAGCCCAAAGAAGCCAAGGAAGAGCCCAAAGAUGAAGUAAAGGAAGAACCCAAAGAAGAAGUCAAGGAGGAACCCAAGGAGGAAGCAAAGGAAGAGCCCAAAGAGGAAGCUAAGGAAGAGCCCAAAGAGGAAGCUAAAGAGGAAGUUAAGGAAGAAGUAAAAGAAGAGCCAAAGGAAGAAGUCAAAGAGGAAGUAAAACAAGAGGUUUCUCAAGAAACAAAAGAGGAAACAAAAGAUGCUGUACCUGAGGGAGAUAAACCUGAAGAAAAACCAAAGGAGGAAACUCCAGCAGUGGAAGCUGAGAAGACAGAAAAAGAACAGCCAAGGGAAGAUACCAUACAGCCCGCCCCUGCCCCAACUCCCCAGCCAACCCAGACUACAGGAAUGGGCACAGAAGAAACGGGGGAAGGACAUGAGACUGACCCCCAUGCCAGUACCCCCAGGACAACUGCCAAUCUGGAGGCCACCGCUACAGUGAAGAUUGUACUGAUGCCAAGUGGUCAGGUAGUGACCUUGGCCUGUACUCUUGGUCAGACUUUACUGCAGCUUAAGGACCACUUCUCACAGGAACUCAAAAUGUCCAUGAACCUCAUACUCCUGAUGUUUGAUGGAAAGGCUGUAGAAGAUAACACUACCCUAGCAGAACUAGGGGUGGGCCCAAAUGGGACAGUCCAGUUGGAGAUGCAGUCUGCUGAUCCAGUAAACACCCCAAUCAAGACUUAUCGGCCACGACAGGAGUACCACAUGCCUGAUGUGAUAACUGUCCGCGUACAAACAGAUGAAAAUCAAUCAAAGGACGUGGUGGUGGAGAUAGAGAGAGCCACGAGAAAGAAGCCAUAUUUGGGGGGCUACCGCCACAAGAAGACCGGGGUCCUGUAUCAUCAUGCCACAGCCCAGACCGUCAAAAAGCAGCCACCACCAUCUCAAGUCCCUAAGAACUGUCGUGACACCCAGACAGUGCAACAGAGACAUCGUGUUCAGCAGACGACAAAUGACACGUCUACACAGAUGACUGGAAUUGGGGUUUUUGUGUCCAAUAUGGAGGAUAAACUCAUGGUGCCUGGGAAAUAUACCACUGCAGACGAGUAUCAUGGCAUGAUUCUCAGAAAAGUUAUCAUAAUUCAAAAAUACCAUAGGAGGUGGUUAGCAAAAAGAUAUGUUGAAAAAUUAAAAGAUGACAAAGUUCAACGUUUGGAAUGGGAGAGACAACAAGAACUUAAAAAGAAGAAAGAAAAAGAGGAGAGGAUCAAGAAAGAAUUUGAGAGGAGGAUGAACCCCAAAUCAAAGGAGGAUUUCGAUUUACUUUAUCAUGCAUUGGAGAAAUGGAGACAGGAAGAGCUGGAGAGGAUAAAUGGAACAGCCGAUGGUGCCGAGAGAAAAGCUGCACUGUGUAUGCUGCUGGACCAAGAGACCCAGCUGAUCUCUGCCAUCGGUCGACACAAACUAGAGGCAGACACUGAAAACAAGGACAAACGCAUCCAAGCCUUCCUAAGCAAGGCUGCAGCCCCUAAGAAGUGGAAAGGGCAUGAUGGGAAGACUACUGAAAUGGAUACUCCCUACACAAUACGAGCGAAGGAGUUGAGGGACAUCUACAACAGUAUCAACAUGAAAUACCUGACCCAGGACGAAAGACUGGACGUUUUAUUGACCCUCAAACAUACUGUAAAGGAGCAUGACUGCAAGCUUACUCAGGAAAUCAUCGAGCUGAUUGAUAGAGAGGCUGAUUUGUUAAUGAGAGGUGUUCGGGAAGGGAACCUGGAAGGCCUUAGAAAAAGAAUAUCUACUCUGUUCUUGCAGUAUAUCAAGACACCUACAUUCAACCCAGAAGCUGCCAAAUUGCUCAAGGUGCCUCAAGAUCCAUCCUCCCUCUGCAAAAACAUCUACUUCUGUCCCAGUUGCAACCAGUACCUGCCCUCCACCGAGUUUGCCCUCUCCUCGAACUCUCGUACUGUCGGAAAGUGCCACAAAUGUACGAAGAUCGACAACGAUGCAAGAACCCGACAGGAUUUCAGCACAUAUACCUACAUGCUCAAGGUGCUCCGAAGAGCAGAGGAGAGAUACGGAGAUGGCUCUAGGAUUGCAUUCCUCCUACAAGAACAGGAUCUGCGAUACCUGGUGGAGAAGAUCUGGAGUUGCCAGAGCAUUUUGAGUGCCUGGGAAGACAUCUUUGAUCUGACGCUGUCCCGCUGGGACAAACACCAAGAGUGGUCUCCCUGGAACUGCAUCCUCCUGACCAAGGACGAGGCUGCUGCCCACGAAAGGCUUGUUGAUUUGGAGGAGGGUUACGGCCUCGUUUUUAUUCAGAAGGUUCAACAAAAACAUGUGCUAGCUAGGAACUAUUUCUCUCGAUUGCCAGGAAUGGCUGAACACUUACGAGUCAAAGCAAAUGACCGGCUCACACAACCCAAUGGUCCUGCCAUCAAUGGUCAACAAGUGCCUGUCCAGUCCAGGGCUUAACAACAUUAAAAUUAUAUGUUUAGGAAAUCUUUAAUCAUCAGUUUGAAAAAAAAUAUUUAAGGUUUAGAAUUCCAAACUGUGAGGAGUUGCAUUUCAUAAAAAAUCUGUGAUAUUUUUAAUUUCUUGUGCGAUUUACAGAAAUGACUUUGUAUUAUAAACAUCAUGUGUAAAUUUUAAUUGAAUUGUAAAAAUUCAUGUAUGUACAUAUGCUAUGUUAUGUAAAUAUAAAUUAUAUAAUAUAC